GACUGUAACUACCCCGCUUUCGUCAUCGAAGCAAUGCAUCAUAGGAUGAUUGGUCAUGUAUGGCACUGUACAGAAUGACGCCUUGUUUAUAUAUCUCUCGUACUCGUUCUUAGAGCAGCGAAUCUCCCACUCAAAACGGCCUGAUAGCAAUCCACACCCACCCUAUCGAAAAUCAACUGCCACCGUUAUGGGCAAAGACCAUCCAGAUGCAAACCUCCACCCUGAGGCGACCGGACUGGCAACGAAGAUAGUGCAGGCACACUCCGCAGAGAACGACUUGAAGCUCUACUCAGGAUGGUUCUGUCCCUUCGUCCAGCGAGUCUGGAUUGCACUGGAAGAAAAGGGCAUUGAUUACCAGUAUAUCGAAGUGAACCCAUACCACAAGCCACAGUCACUCUUGGAUCUGAAUCCGCGCGGCCUUGUACCUACGUUGCAAUACCAGGGCAAGCCUCUUUACGAGAGCACAGUACUUUGCGAAUUUCUCGAAGAAGCGUAUCCAAGCCACACACCGAAGCUGUUGCCUGAUGAUCCCUACCUACGCGCACGCACUAGGAUCUGGACCGAUUACGUCGGCUCCCGCAUCAUUCCCGCCUACCACCGCUUUCUGCAGCACCAGGGCGAAGACGGCCUCAAAGACAAGCAAACGGAGUUUCUCAACCAUCUCAAGGAAUUCACCAGUGAAAUGGAUCCCGAGGGACCUUUCUUCCUUGGUCAAGAAUUCUCCCUAAUUGAUAUUGUGAUUGCUCCCUGGGCCAACCGACUCUGGGUGUUUGAUCACUUCAAAGGCGGAUCGGGCAUCCCCGAAGAGGGUCAGGGCGGAAAUUUCGAGGAGGUUUGGAAGCGCUGGAGGAAGUGGUUGAGUGCAGUAGAGAGCAGGCGGAGUGUCAAGGAGACAUUGAGCGACAGAGAACAUUAUUUGCCGAUAUACGGGAGAUACGCCAGAGAUGAAGCGCAGAGCGAAGCGGCGAAGGCUAUUAGGGCAGGUAGAGGCAUUCCUUGAGUGUCGAACGAUAUGCGAAAAAUAAUUAUACUCAAUCUUGAUCCUGAGGUGACUUGACGCACCAGAAAACGAUGGUGG